UGAAUAUAAUUUAUUUUGUCAGCCAUAUUGCUUUUAAAAAUAUUGUGAAUCGAAGAACUUAUUUUUCGAAUUUCACGCGCUCGAUGUGAAUCGCUCGUGGCCAGUUGCAGUUUUUAAAUAUGUUGAAAAGAUGAAAAUAAAACACUUUGUUGACGGUUGAGAACUUACUUAGGACAGACUAUACGGUAUAGUUGUUUGUUAUUGAGGCGAGAACGAGUGAAAUCAUGAAAGAAAUGUUGACAAACCAAGCUAGCUCAGGAUACAUUAAUUCCUUCGUCAAUAACAACGGAGAUGCAAAUAGUAAUAAUGCAGCGGAGAAUAAUUCGAGAAGAUACGCUGUUCUCAGCACCGAAUGGAUAUCUGCGAUUGGAGAAGAAUUGGGAAUUCAACCGCUGUCUGAUUCUCUACUAAAAAGGCUAGCAGAGGAUGCUUCGUACCGUCUCAGAGAAGUUUUGCAUAAAUGCGUAACAAGACUGAAACAUAGUAAGAGAAAACGUCUAACAUCUAAUGAUGUAAACGCUGUGAUUACCAAUCUAUGCGAUGUAGAUCCUAUAAUGGGCGCAUCAGAGUCAAUGCCAGAAUAUCAUACAGAGGCCAGAGUAUUUGUUCCUAACGACCAUGUUGUAAAUUUAGUACAAAAGAUAAACGAUCCUCUUAAUAUAAUACAAAACAAUGUACCUUUCAUUCAAGAAUCAGAAAUAUGCGAUAUAAGAUUAACAGAAGCUCGUAAUAAUUAUGCUAAACGCGCAUUAAAGACUCUAUUUAAUGGGUCUCAAAAGACAUUUCAGGUUUUAAUCAAUGAUUGUGCUACUAAUGCUCAUCUGGGUGGCGAAGGUGUAAUAGACAAAUUAAUGUCGAUCGCCAGAUCCAUGGUUAUCUCUAAUAAUGCACAAUACACAAGAGUAUCUACCAGGACAUGUCAACUUAUUAUCUCGAUAGCAAGUAAUAGCGAAGCUGUCUACCCAUACCAUUUAACAUCGGUAGACAAAUUGACUGAAUUGCUGUUAGAGUUACUUUUAGGACAGAGUUUUAUCAAUCUAAAUCUCGAAGCACUGUUUAAGGAAUGCGCACUUAAAUUAAUGCUUCGCUGGCCAUCGGCUGCCGAUAAGUAUCUUCCAAUAAUAGAGAACGUAUUAUUGAAAGAAGAGAAAGAAAAUAUCGAUGGAGAAAAAACAAAGACAAUGGCAAUGGAAUUAUUAGCAAGUAUUCAACCUUUAAUAUUUUUUCAACACGAGGCAGAUUCGCCGCUUUCUGCCGAAAAUGUACUAAAAUAUGCUUCACCUGGUUCUGCACUGUGGCAAAGGAUAGCUCUUGCUAUCUGUGCUCUUAUCAAGUCUCAAUCUCAUGUCCUAAACAUUGCGAUUCUUAUGGAACAUUAUGGAGAUGCGUUACUGCCAUACUUACCCAUCAAUUAUAAAAGCACUGUGAAUGCGUUUAGAAAACCUACCUCUCUUCCAAUUAUCAUUAAGAGCAAGAUAAAGUACGUGAACGUCAGACCUAUACCUCCUAAUCGAAUGUUAUGGGAUCGACAGUCUGCGUUUCCAGAUUCUACUUUAAGAGGUCCUAGACGAGAAAUUAGAUUUGCAUUUGCCGGUGGACGACCAGUACCCCCAAGUAAUUUGAGACGCGUCAGUUUACGAGCAAAUUAUCAAAUCUUGAGAAGCGAACUUCAAGCAACGCUCGCCCUUGUCGCAUCGCGAAGACUGUUGGUACUUAAAGACAAGAAGAAGAAACCAUUCGAUGCGUACAGUCUCGUCUACGGCUGUUUAUAGAGUUACCUCGAGAAGACAUUAUGGAUGCUGUGCAUUCGAACACGUUCUUUAAUCAAUUGGACGGUGGAUAACUUGGUCACAUGCGCGACGGCUACGGGUAAUUUUUGCCCAUACAUAUUAUUACGAAGAGCCCGACGCACCGAUAGUUUGAAAGCGGUCGAAUACAAACUCGCUCAUGACUAGCAUACAAAGGCCUACAUGCAGCUGUCUUAGGUGGGCAAAAAUUGCCCGGCUCCGCUGGCCAAAGGUUUGUCCUGCAUAAUGUAUUUAUAAAUAUAUAUUAUACACACAUUGUUGACAACGUA